AUGGGCGGAGGCGGAAAGAUCCCGUACCCUAAGGAAGUCUGGUCUCCCGCUGGAGGCUGGUACGCUCAGCCUGCAAACUGGAGACUUAACACCGCUAUCAUGGGCGCUGCUGUCCUUGGAGUUGUUGCAAUGACUUGGAGCAUCAGUGCCGAGCGUGAGCACCGCGAUAGAAUGCCAGAACCCGGCAGAUUCUUCCCCAGUCGCUACUGGAGCAAGCAAAUCAUUGAACACGAGAAACAGCAGGCCGCUAAGAACGCUUCAUAA